UUCGGAUCAGUUUCCUGCGAAGGAUUAGUGUGAAGUGCACGGUGCGCCAGAUACCAGCUGCUGAAAGGAAGAAGGAAGAGUUUGUGGGGACCAGUGGAGUGGGGCGCUUCAUUUGAAACCGGUGCGUCGCCCGCAGUCGACACCGAACAAGGUUAGGGUGACGGACAUCGCUUCUGCUCGAGUUAUGGUAGUAAACAGCCGCUCAAUCUGACUUCUGACAGGGUUUACUGGUAGUGAACACCGACUCUGACUGCUGAUAGAGGUUCACCGCACCUUUGCAUACUUAUCAAGCAAUAGGAGAUUUCAACUCAUGAAGGAGUUCUGAGAAAUAUACCACGUACCUAAAAGAUUGAAGAUGACGUGCAACUGCUGCUCACCAGUGGUUGUUAGCAUCCUGCUUGUUUUCACCACAAUUCUGAGUUCAGCAUUAGUGGAGUGCUCUGCAAAUGGCACCGACAUCCAGGAGGCAUCGGUGGAGGAGGUUCCGAACCCCACCAUGACCAUAGAACGCGCUGACGUCACGGACUACCGGCCACCGGGCUACUACCCGUUCCACAACGGAGAGCCGUUCUUCAUGGAGAAAGACCCGGUGACCGGAGUGGUCGACUUCAACAAGAAGACAAACGCCGUCACGUCGGGAUAUCACAGUAAGUCAGUGGAGUUCACGUCUGCCUCCAAGCAGGACAGAGUGUUGGACGAGCAGAGAGCCAACAACAGCACCGACAGUGAUUAUUACGAAGAUGAAGAGGUGGCCAUCGAGCCUCAAGACUUCAAAGAGGACGAAAUCGACAGAAAAGAUGGCAACAUAGAAGGUGAUUCAGGUUACAGACCUAAUGAUCUCUUCAAAAACAACCCUUACAAGAUUUCACCAGAUCUCCAUCAAUUUCUCAACCUUCCAGUUCAUUACAGCUCUAGUGAUAAGUUCCCACUGAUUUCUAGUUCGUAUGCUAACACAAAGAUUCAAGGAACUGGUGGUAAUAGAAACAACAGCAACGGAUACAGCAACCACAAGUAUGUGACAACAAGUAGCACUCAAUCACCAUCAUAUUACACAAUGUGGCACACAUCGUCUACUAGCACACCAAAACCAACAACAACUCAAAGACAAGUCACAACAACAACAACAACUCAAAGACAAGUCACAACAACGACAACAACAACUCCACCCCCUCGCAGCACAUCUACUACCAUCAAAUACUACUCAACUACAUCAGCCAAGGAUCCAUAUUCUGAAUACCAAGAAGGGGAAGAUCUCGCUUAUUCAGAUUACGACCUGGAAUAUGACCAGCAAAGUUCGUACACUCAACCACAUAGUACUCCAUCAACUGUAUUGUAUUCUAAGUACCCCACUACGUACCAUGGCAAAGUUACAACAGGCAAAUCAACUACUAUUAAAAUGUAUGAUGAAGAGACAGAAGAUGAUGUUAGCAUAGUAACAUCAUUACCAAUUGAUGAGUAUUUCUAUUCUAAAGAUACAGCAAGUAUUAGUAGUAGUAGUAGUAGUACUACUAGUAGCACAACUACACCUUCAACUACGAUCACUACCACACAAAAACCAACAACAGAGCAACACAGAGAGACUACUACACCUGUUCGAACCACACAGACAACAACAACCACUUUCCUGCCAACCAGUAGUUCAUCAAAGCCAAGUACAAAAACUACAGAAAGACCUACAACUAUCAAGCCAAUCUCAACAACUCAAGAAGACUACAAACCAAUCCAAAAUAAUGUUUACAAUAAUUAUUAUGGAUCUCAGGGCUCAUUCAGUCCAAUGACAGAAGAACCUUUCAGACCAAUAUUUGGACCAAUUGAGUCCUCACCGUCAUCACAAGUUCCUGUAAAACAUCACCAACACAAUGAAAUCAAGUCUACAGCAAAACCUUAUUUCGAAUAUCAUGCACCAGUUCAAGAGCAACCUAUUCCAUCAGCAAAUCAAGGGAAAAUAGAAUUUGUUGAAAGAAUCCCUGUUGAAGAAGAAGCAAGUACUGUAUACAAGAAACCUCCACAGCAUACACAAAUUCAAGAGCCUUCAAGGCCACAGCCCUCUUAUGUUUAUCCAAAAUAUCCACAAGAGAAUGUGAAUAAGCCUCAAUUCUCAAACCAGAAUUCAGAACAAACUCAUAUUCCUAAUGAAAAUACAAAUAUUAAGCCUUUGCAUGAAACUACACACUAUGGAAGACCUCAGCCUACAGGACCAAUUCAUUCAGUAUCUAAAAUUCCACCAGCAGAAGCACCAGCCAGACAUCCUCCUCAGAAACGUCCACCUUUCAUACGAUUACCAGAAGAUAAUCAGUCACAAUUCCAACUUAAAAAACACGCAAAUGUAUCAAUAGUUAAAAUCCCAAGACCAGAAAUCCCCAUGCAACCUCAUCAAAGACCGAUUCCAGGUCUUGUCUCACCUGCCCACAAUAAGCAGCCAUCUCAACAAACUGUUAAAUUCAACACUCCACCUAAACAGGAUAAUCAUUAUAUAAAGAUCCCAAUGAACCAAGAGAAUCCUAGUUAUUCUCUCCAAACAUCAUUCUCUAUUGGCUCGCCUUCAGAGCAUCCUGGAGACAAGGAUAUACCUCUCUCUAGGCCAGGACAGGGUGUAGGAGUAGGACAAAUUCUAUUUCCAGAUGAUACACCAGAUCACAGUCUGACUGCAUCAUCAGACGGCCACAAAAAAGAGACAAUUAUCAAAGGAAGACCACAAAACCCUCGACCUUACAUUACCACAACUUACAGUCAAAACAUCAAUCCUCAGUCUCAGCCUUCUCCUAUUCUACCACAGAGGCCACAGAGAGUUCCUAUUCCAGAUUUGAGGCCUCCUAAGCCAGGUGGUGAUGUGUAUCCUAGGCCACAUUGGGAAAAUCAUGGAAAACCUCCCUUGAUUUUCAAUUCAAACCAAAAGCAAGAAAUACCAGUUUCUUCUUUUUCAACAAUGAACCGAGUAAAACAGGAGCCACCACAUGGACAAAGGCAUGACCUUCCCAAUAUUCUACCUCAGUUCAGGCCAAAUGCGAAAGUAGGUGUGAAUGAGUACCCAAUGAAUAUAGGAAUGCCCAAUGAGAGGCCAGUGAGGGAGCCAAUGGACACAUUGCAGCCGCCUCCUCUUCCUCAGCCACAACAUUUGAGGGCAAACAGAAAUGAUGAUGAUGUGAGCUUCCUUUUCACGGAGGAUACAAGUAUGGAAAAAUCUCUCAGUGAGAAAAACUCAACAAAGUCUACAUACUACGCUAGAAAUGGACCACAAGCAACUAGCAGAGUGACCACCUUACAAAUGAUGCAGCAAACGCCGGCCAGGAAAACAUUGUUGCGAACAGACUUCCAUGACCAUAGAAAGGACAGACCAGUAUUUUUAGUUUAUCCUAGCAAUGCAGGUACCAAGCCCAGUCAUACCAAUGAAGGGGUAGUUGUGGUGGGAGCUCAAGGCCCGCAAAAACCCCUUCCACCAUCAAAUUUGGCCACUGAUCUGGGAGGUGAUGAUAAAGAUUCAGACCCAUUUCCAUUAGAUGAUGAUAAGCAUUUUUCAAUUGGAGGUAGGGACCGAGUUGAUACUCCUAUCCUUAAAACAAAAACACCAAAUAAGCCAGCUGUGAAAAAUGAAUUCCCCUAUGCCAUACUGAAACCACAAGAGAAUAUAAUGGCUGAAGAAAGAAUUUUGACAAACAGUGCUGUAACUAAGGAGUACAAUGCUUUCAGUCCAACAGUUUCAAGUAGUACCGAAGAAAUUAAAGAUCAUGACUCUGAAAUAAACAUAAUACCCUACCUACAAGACUACAUGCCAUUUGCUACAAAGAAACCAUCAACUGUAAGACCUUUGCCUAGCAUUCCGUCUCAGCUACUGAUUGGUGAAAAAGUUUUUGAGAAUAAGAAAGCUCCAUCAACAGUGAGGCCUAUUUCAGUUACACUGAAUACAAAAUUGGGGAGCACUACAUUCAGACCGGGAAACCCCUCAGAGCAAACAAAGCCUGUAAUUAUGUCAGCUCCAAGUCAUCACCAAGUAGCAAUGACAAGUGGCGAUUCUGAAUUUACUGUGGGCGCAAUGAUGAACUAUCAGAAAAACACUGUCAAUCACAGACCGGUUGAGAUCCAGCCGCAAUCCUCCUCUAUUCAGCCAAAGCCAAUCGAUUUGGAGCCUCCGUUUCAAGCUAGUUUGAGUGCGCCUCAAAGUCAAGGCUGGACAGUUAUCAAAAAAAUUGAGAACAAAUCCGACAUUGAGAGGCAUGACAAGGAGCCAGAUACUAAAAGUGAACAAAUAAAUACAGAUAGUAAAUUCGAUUUUGAUAACUUUAAACCAGAGCUCUUUGGGGGUUUCAAGCCAAUACUACCUCCAGAAUCUGAAGCGAAAAAAUCGUCACUCAAAGAAGAUGGCAUGUUGUCAUCCGAACUAGAAGAGUAGGCCUACUUGUAAAAAUAUUGUGAUAUUCAAUAAUAUGAGAUCAAGUUUUUAAUCUAAUUCAAUGCAUUACAUAUCUGUUAUACUUGAACUAUGAUAUUUUUUCACAAAUGAUUUAAGUUCCUGACGUGAAUCGGAUUUACUUCAGGAAAUAAUAUUGAUAAUAGUAUUAAAAUAUUAUAUUUUCAUAUUCUUGGUAGGUUGUUGAAUAUGAACAGUAUUAGAGAAUCUAGUUUUUGCACUCUUUUAAGAGCAGAGAAAUUUGUUUAAAAAUUGUUGAUUGAUUGCAAUUUUUUAAAUGUGCAGAAAAGUAGAUAGUGUAUUUUUACUUCGCAAUUUCGUUGAUACUGAUACUUGUUAAAUACGGACAAUGUAUUCUACUAGUAAGUAAAAUUGGAGAAAAUAGAAUGUUUGAUGCCCGAGGGAAAAAUGACAUUUCUUCAGAAAAUAUUCUGAUACUCAUUUCAAUGAUAUCAAAUUACCAAUCGGGCAGAGUAACUUUAAAAUUCUUAAAUCUAAGUUCGUAUAUUUUAAGGAGUGAAUGAAUUUGAAUGUGUAUUGGUGAAUAUUAUGACCUAGUAAUUUAUUUAUAGAGAGUCGUAUGUAUGAUGUAAAUACUCUAGUUUAGGUGAAACUCAUGUGUUUUAGAGACUAUUAAAUUGUUAAGAGAAUGUAAGAUGUAAAUGUAAAUGUUGCCAGUAAUACAGUAUAAAGGAGAAUGACAUGUGAAUAAUUACAGCAGUCAUAACAUUAUGAAAUAUAUCGACCACGAUAUUCCAUGAAAUCAAUCAAUAAUCGAGCAUAAUUAAUACUUUUCACAACUGAAUUUAUUUGAAUUCACGAUUUUACUCAGAUUUUUAACUUAUCUAAAGAACUUAAUAUAUAAAUUUAUAACAAAUAUUUCUGGCAACAUUAUCAUUCUUAUUCAAGUACUUUAAGAGCUUUUACACAACUAUUUAAUGAGAUUAAUAAUUGUAAAUAUUAGGUGAUGUACAAGUUAGUAACAAAGUAUAUUUUAUCAUACUUAUACAUAAUAUUUUGAUUAUAAAUUAAUUUUUCACUAGGUACUACUAAGAUUAGUUCUCCAAAAUUUCAAAUUCAGUUCUCAGGUUGAUUCAUAAUUUAUUGCUUCUUUAUAAAAAACCAUUAGAAAAUGUUCAAAUCAGCUCAUAUUAAACAAAAAUUGAUAAAUAUUCUAAUCUUCAGAUAGCUAUGAAUGAAUUUUAUACUAACGUUGUCAUUAUGGGAGUAUUUUAUCAUGAAACAGAAUUCAUCAUGUAAUAUUUCUCAGUACUUAAAACAGUAUUUUCUUUCAAAAAUGAUUUCCUACACAGUUUAGAAAACAACUUCUUUGAAUACAUCAAGAUUAAUAGUCUAUCAGAAUCCCAUCUUCAUUCAUAAGCAUUAAGCAAAUUAAUUCACAUGAGCAAUUACAUUGCUCAUUGAAAUGAUUGCAAAACUAGAUUAUAACUGAAUUUGUAUUAUACAGUAGCUGGAAUUUUAAUGAUAGAUAACAGGGGAAUCAUAACCAUUUAUAAGAUUAUAUGUGAGACACAAUAAUUAUAAUAUACUGUAAUAAUUUGAGUAUUAUAUUUUAAUUAUCCGAUUUAAGCUUGGCUAAACUCGAAAUUUAUUUACAUUAAGUUGAAGUACAGCUGAAUAACCAAAACUGUUAUUAGGUGCUACAAGCUUCGAAAUUAUUCAAUGUCAAAGUUGGAAUUAAUAUAGUUUAACCGGAUUUGCAUUGUUUGAAGUUAACAGAUUUCGAAAUCUUAUCCACAGAUUUCGAACCACAAUAUUAUGAUAGCAGCUUUAAUUGCAAAACACUAAAGAUUAAUACUAAGGAAAUUCAAUCCUAUAUAAUAUAGUCAUCAAGGUUCCAUGACAUUUGAAUCUGUAAAUUAAUCAGUAAUUCAAUCCUGAAGGGACCCUUUAAAAUUGUCAGUUCCUUCUAAGCACAACGAGUCAAACUUGAUAAAUGUGAGGAUCAUCAAUUGGACAAACCAGUAUUAAUUCUGCCAUUUUUUCGUCUGGACUCGAUCAAUUUAUGACAAAAAUUCAAGAGAUAGAUAGUCAUAAUUGAUUUCAGCUUUGACACAAUUUGAAUGAUUGAAAAUGGAUUUUAGCUUAUUUUGCCGAAAUGUUUGAUGGUGGUGGAAAGCAGGGAAAGUGUGGUAAGGUCCUCGAUACCUUCAACACAACUAUGGGUUAUUUAUAGGUUGUGGUUAGCUUUAAUCCUUCAUUUAAGUAUUGUAAUUUCAUGCUAAUGAGUCAUUACCAUAGUUAUAAAAGUUUAAUUAAUCAUUUGAAAUACAUGUAUUUUUAAAUAUUUUUAUUUCAUGUAAGCUUAUUUAUCAUAUUUUAAUUUGCCUUAUCUAAUAAUAUAAUGAUUUCAUCAAAAAAA